AUGCUGGCUAUUAUUAUUAAUAUUUUAAAAAUUAUUAAAGCAAGUAAUAAUCUUGAUGAUGAACUAAUCAUUACAAAUAUUAAAGAAGAAAUAAUUUCUUUAGUUGAUAGAAAAAUGAAGAAUAAAGAUUUCGUUACCCUUGAAAAUGUUGCCAAAGAUUUAUAUGCUUAUCUUGUAUUUAAUGAUGGUAGUAGCGAUAAAGUAGACAUAGAAAUUUGUCAUGUUUAUGAAGAGUGCAAAGUUUUUAAUGAUUUUUCCUGGACAUCUGGCGAACUUACUGUUAAUGAUCCAAAUUUACUUAAUAUUUUUAAUUUCUUUAAAAGAUAUAACGUUGAAAGAGUUUUUCUAAAAGUUGUUCGCCACUCUUUAUAUACUUUUGUAGGUGAAAAAUAUCGUCCUGGUCUUGAAAGUCUUCUGAAUCAACUUUCUGAGCAAAAUGGUGGUCCAAAAUUUGUUUAUGAUGCAGUUUACGGUUAUCGUAGAUAUAUUCAUCAUAACAUAAGAUGUGUUAAUCCAAAUUGUGUUAAUUUUGUAGGCCACGGUCAGGGUUUUAAAAGAUUUGAUUUUCGCAUUACUAGCGAUAAUAGAACGGGUUAUAUAUUUACUAUCGAUUUGGAGCAGCUUUAUUUUUUUGAAUUUUUAGAAAAAAAAGUCAAAUUAUUGUUUAAUGACCAUUGGAGAAUAGUGUAUAAAUUUUUGACCAAUUUUGAUUUAAUUAAAUCUAGAAAUUUUCAAAGCUUAAUUGAGAAGAUACCACGCUUUUAUUUUACAUUAGAAUAUGUAAAAGAUUGUGGUCUUUUAUCUUUUAUUGUGUUUGGCCAUAAAAGUGUGACUUUUUACGAGGAAGCUGUAUAUACGUAUGAUGUAAGCGAUAAAGAUGCCUUUAAAAUAAGUUUUACCAUUUAUAAUGACUUAAAACUGUUAAGUUCAUAUAUUUUUUCAUUCUCUUAUAGGCGUAUUGAAGUCGAGAUAUUUACUUUAUUUUCUCUUUCUACUAAACCACUUUUCACUAACUUGGUAAAAAGAAUACUUUAUUCAAAGAUAUCAGCCAAAAAAAUCAUAUUUUUAGAAGCGCUUUAUUCCUUACGAAUUAUUACAAGAUCGGAGAUUAAUUGGACUUUAGCUUCCAUACCAGAUUUAACUCAAAAAUAUGUUUUCGUAAUCUUGGAUGAUUCUUACGUUACAAAAAUAGUUGAAUCUAUCAUGAAUAUUGAACUAAAAGACAGGACAUCUGUUAAUUACAUUAAUUUUUAUGCAAUUCUUUUUUUUGAAUUAGAAAUAUAUACAGAGGAGUGUGAAAGUGCUAAAGAUAAAACUUACCACCUACUUGAAAGUUAUUACAAAUUAUUAGAAAUAAAAGACGUUUGUAAAGGUGUUGAAGAUCGUUUUAAGACCACCGUAGCUAAUAUUUGUAAUACAUAUUAUGGAUUAGCGAAGAAUCUGAAUAUGUUAUACAAUAUAUAUUAUGAAAAUGAAGCUUCUUUUAAUGAAUACUAUCAUUUGGUUAAAAAAGUCUUGGAUGAUUUACUAAGAGAUAAAAAAUUUUUAGAAAAGUUUAGAAAUAAAAAAAACUUUUAA